AUUUGCUUAGCAGGAAACGGUGCUGAUGGCACUCCAGUCAGUUCCUGGCCCAAAAAGCAUUAUGAUAGCGUCUACAACAGCCUCUCUUUAGGCACGGCGAACAAGAAGAUAAAAAAAAUUCUUCAGAAAAUGAAGAAACAGCUUCCAUACGUUCAAAAUGAUAUCAGUAUCAUCAAAGAAAGAAACAACACUUUAUCGCGAGGUAUAGCUACACAAUCGAUUAUCAUUUUUUUCCUUUCCAUUUGUUUAGAAAUGCUGCUUAGAUAGUAAUGGAUAGCCUAUGGAUUUUAACCUUUUUUGAUCAUGACUUACCGUUUAUAUUUCCAAUGAAUUCGCAGAAACUCUCCUCCGAGAAAUGUAAAAGAAAUGUCCAGAAAUCCAAAACGAAAUUGCUGCUAUCAAAGAAACAAGACGCUUGCUGAAACUCAAGACAACUCUACUAAAAUUAUUCUUUUUCAUAAUUCCAAAAAGUUUUCUUUUGUUUUUCCGUUAAUUGCAAGAUCGAGAUGCUUGUCAUGUGACCUGCAAAGGUUUAAGUUGGCCCGCGGACAGGCUCUUGCAGAAAUCUGUCAAUUUAGAUAGGGUUGCUUUCGCUUAAAUCUUAUGAUGAAUUUACCUUUUCACCAGCAGUUAAGAAGAAUUGAGCUAAGCUUCAAAAAUCUGGUAAAACAAGCAGCGGCGUUUAUACAAUCGACCCUGAUGGUUCAGGUGCUUUCAACGUCUUGGAAGGCUCGGUUGCUUUCCACCGUAGCUGGACUGAUAACAAGAAUGGGUUUGGUAACCUUUGGUUAUUUUUGCUGGGACUGGACAGGAUACACCGUCUGACAACAAUGAAAAACAAGCUCCGUGAGGAUCUUAUGGCCUUCAAGUGA